CCUGCCCUCACAGAAGUAACUGAGAGCAUGAUACAGAGUGGAAACAAAAUUACAGCUGUUGUGAUCAGUAACAAAAAAAAUUGAAGAUGAGAGAAUGUUUAGAGAGAAGACCCAGAAAUGUUUACUUAUCUGCAUUUAUCUUGUGAUGCUACAUGAAAGAGCGAGAGGUCACCCUUCUCUAACAUCGAAGAAUUUCCGUAGUGUUUUGGAAUGGGAAACAGAAGUUGAAAGCUGUGAUAUUGAGCUUUAUAACAGCUCCAGCUCUGUGUGGAAACCGAUCAAUGUGUCACCAGACUGUGGGAGAGGUAUAUGUCGUGCUGACCUAACUGUGCAUCUGAUGGACAUCUACAUAAAAUAUCAGGCAAAGGUGCGAUGUCCGAGCAACCAGUCUUCCUCCUGGAAUACGUCCAAUCAUAUUCAGCUGUACAAGGAUAUGACGGUUGGCCCACCCAUACUCAACUUGAUAGUUUUGAAUAAUAAGCAGGACAUCUCAGUGUCUCUGCCCUUUAUGCCACAAACUGCUCCUUACGGCCUAUUGGAGAACUUCAGUACUCUGGACACCCUCUUUGUGACUGCAACUAUUGACAAUAAUAUCUCAUACCGCAAUACUCACAUUGUGAUCAAGUACCCCCAGACACUCUCCUUGUUCAUACCAUUGCCCCAUGGUGGUCAGUUCUGUGUGAAUGUAACCUUCCCCAAGAGGGAGAAAACGGUAGGGGGGCGAAAAUGUGAGACAUUGUUCCCCAAAACAUCAGCAUUUCCAGGAGUUGCUAUAUUGUUGUUGCCACUUUUUUUGGUUUGCGUAUUGGUUGUUAUUAUCAAGAGGUACUGGUGCCCUUAUCAAACCCCACAACCUCGUGUUCUGGAACUGCCUUUUAAUUCCCCCCAUGUGCUGCUAGAGUUUGAGGAGCAAAUACCAUUGGAUACUCUAUUUCUAGUUACACAAGAUUUGGACAAGGAAUUCUCUGGUGCACCUUCUAAGGGGUAUGAGUGCAAUGGCUUCCUGGAGAAGCUUCAUCCGUAUCCUGAUUUAGAGAAAGAGGAUGAAGACUUUACAGGAGGAAGUUCUGAGUAUAGUGAAGAUUCUAACCCUCAUAUAUCAGAGGCUCCAUCAAUUUACAAAAGAAUCUCUGAGGACCAGAAUAUCCAUCCAAACCCAAAUAUAGACCUAAACUCUAUAAGAUUAAUGGGAAGGGAGUCUGCAGAAGAGGGCAUCCUGUUAGUACAGCUUAUGGAAGGCCACAAUUCACAGCAAGGAAGUUCGACAGAUGACAUUAGCAUAUGCUGCCCUGAGGAGGAUGAGGGGGAUGAGAAAUGGAAGUCAUUAACUGGAUACGAGAGGCGCCCUUCUAUCUAGCCACAUCUACAUUUAAGUGACCUAAGAGUGGACUGUCUGUGACUCUUGCUAUGCACUAAUUCAUUGGUAUACAUAGUGUAAAUAUUUAUAAAUGUAGUAAUUGUAUACACAUGAUGUGAAUAUUGUAUAGUCCAUACACAUAUAAUUUAUAUUUUUAUAUAUAACAAAUGUACAUUAUGGUUAUCAAAUAAUUAAAACAGUUAAAGAAAAGUAA